AUGACUGUUGGAAUGGGGUCUAUUAAACAGAAUGAGUGUAGAAUUCGCUGCCUUCCUGGGCAUCAUUUAAAUAUUUCUACUGGACAAUGCGAACCUUGUAGCUAUGGAUUUUUCCAGCCCGAUUCCGGAGCGUUUGAUUGUAUUCCUUGUGGAAUAGGUAAAACUACAUUGGAGAGAACGGCCAUAAAUGAGGACCAAUGUCGCGAUGAGUGUCCCGAUGGGCAACAAUUAACAGCUAGUGGAAGUUGUCAGCCUUGUCCCCAGGGAAUGUACAGAACCCGGGGUCAGGACAAGCAGUGUGUGGAAUGCCCAAGUGGAACAACUACUGAAGGGGUUGGGGCUGGAAAUAAAGCGUUAUGUAAUACACCAAAAUGUGGGGCAGGUCAAUUCCUUCUUGCUGACAUUAAACGCUGUCAAUUCUGUCCAAGAGGUACUUUCCAAGACCAACAAUUACAAUUUGAAUGUAAAAAGUGCCCUCCUUCAUUUAAUACAGCAGAGGAAGGGGCAACUAGAGAGUCUCAAUGUUACUCAACUGAUCAAUGUGCACUUGGACAAGAUAAUUGUUCUUGGAAUGCGCAAUGUAUUGACUUGCCUGAUGAUAACGUAAGGAGAUUUUUCAUAAGUACAACGAUGCCCUAG